AUCUUUUGUUUGACAUACGUCAACAUUGUCUGAUGUCGAGCUUAUUUAUUCUAUUUUAUUGUUUUGUAGCAACAUAGACAAAAGAAAAGUAAAACAAUUUUUUUCUGAAAUGUAUUCAAGCAGAUGAAUAUUGUUAUAAAAUGCCAAGUUUUAAAACAGGACAUAUAUAGUUAUGUAAUCUCAUCCUGUAAAUUUAUAUAAAGGGACAAUCACUUCCUAACAAACAUUUUUUGGUUAUUGCUUAAACCUUGGAACGCAAAAGGGAAUAGGUGGUUAUGAAUUUGCAGUCAUUUUUUAGGGAUUUUAAUCCCAGCAAAUUCGUAGUGCACUGCAGCUUGCUUGGAUUUAUAAUAUUGUUUGCUCUUCGCUUAGAUGGUGGUAUUGAUUGGCCAUAUUGGGCCAUUUUUAUGCCAUUAUGGAUAUGGAAAGGGAUCGCCAUUUUGGGUGCCGCAGUCGGUGCUGUAGUUUGGUGCCGUUACCCGCAUUAUCGACUUGAAGGUGAUUCGUAUACCCAAUUCAAGGCAAUGCUGAUAUCUCUCUCACUGCAUCUUAUUUUACUAAUGUUUGAAUUGCUCGCUUGCGACAAAUUAAGCUCUGGCCGUCAUCUCUGGGUGCUUGUUUUCAUACCAUUAAUAUUUGGUUCGGUGGCCAGUGUCGGAGCUUGUGUGUGGGCUGUUAAACACGAUCGUUCUUUUGAGUUAGAGCUAUUUUUGGCGGUUAACGCAUUGCAAUUUGUGUCGUUGCCUCUUAAAUUAGACCAAUUCGUCAACUGGAAUUGGGAAGUGGUGUUUGUCCCAAUGUGGAUAGUUAUUUGUUUGAGCUUAGUUAGUGUUCUAUACAAUGUAAUAUUUUGCGGCAUUAUGAUGCGUGCACCCGAAAUAUCUUUACAGCAAAAGCGUGCUGCCUUGAAUGCAGCCGUGGGAAAUAUUUGCACAGUACUUCCUUUGCUGUGUUUUCAGGUGGUGAUUUGUGAUAAACUGGAAGGAGAACUAAAGUUUCCUUAUAUGAUUGUUUUCAGUCCUUUAAUGAUUUCACUAUCUGCAUUAAUUGGAUUAAGUUUUAGUGCAAAAGGUGGAAACAAAUGGUGGUUCGGAAUACGCAAAUCCUUCCACCAGUUUCUAUUAUCGGCAAUGCCUUUUCUACAGGAAUAUGGCAAUAUAUCUUAUCAUGUGGAUCGGUCGGCCGCAGCGCAGUCUGUUCCUUUGGAUGCUUCUACUAGCAAUGUACAUACAGAAGACUUCAACAAGCACGAUAAAAAGAGCAAAAAGGGUGCAAAGAAUGAUAGCAUGAAACCGGUGAUGCCCAUAAUCAGUAUUGACAUGCCUGACUAAUCGUUUUGCUAUAUUUUAAGCUCAUAAAUAAAUAUGAGUCUACUUACAUAUAUAUAGCUUAAGAUAACUGAAACUAUUAGAAUUUAGAAUGUAUGCGUACAAGUGCACACAAUUAUAUUGCGAUAUCAUUUCAUUUGAGCUUGUCGAUUCAGUCAAACAUAUACUAUAUAAUUAAAAUACUUCCGUAUUUCAUAAAUUCAACAUAAAAA